AUGGACAAAGUUAAAAGUUCUUUCACCGUUUUAGUUUUGUUUUUAAUGGAAUAUCCACUUCUUUUAUGUUUGCCUUAUGGAGGUGAGUUCAAACCAGUUGAACUAGCAACAGACUUUUGCUACAAACAGCUACAAACAUCCGCAAAUGUCACUAAGCAGAAAGGACUUACUUCAAGACCCAGAGGUAAUGGGAAGGGUGAUACACCUAGCCCUAUAAAGAACAACCAGAGUUUUAAGGCACAUUCGACACCCCUGAACACCGACACCUGGAAUGCAGGUUCCUGGAAUGGCAUUCUUGAUUUCUCUCUAACACCCUUUCAGCACAGCACUGCGCACCCUGAGACCAUCAAUGCAACAUCACUGAUUCCACACAGAUCUGCGCUUGUUCAAGUAAUUGUAAUUGCGUGUGUAGCCUUCAGCAUUGCCCUGAUAUGUGGAAUUACUAUUUCCUAUGUGAUAUAUCGGCUGGUCCAGGCUGAGGAAAGACAGCAACUGGUGUGGCUUUAUAAUAAUGUCAGGAUACCAUUUCUGGGAGAUGAGGACGAGGUCUCUGAGGAUGAGAGCCAGGAUGAGUCCACCUACCUACUUCCAGAGAAUGAGAAAGAGCUGGAAAAGUUCAUUCACUCAGUUAUUAGAUCCAAAAGAAGAAAGCAUAUGGAGAACAAGAGAUUGAAGAAUGAACAAAUGUUCAUACAGGACACAAAACUGAACAAUUCUCUGCACAGUGUAUUCUCAGAGAAUCUAUGA